GGAGUGGUCAUUGAGAGAUGUGUUGAGUUGUAACGCGUGAUUGGAAACCAAAAAAAAAAAAAAAAAAAAAAAAAGAACCAAGUAGUACGUAAGAGUAAAAAGUGAUCAACAAACCGGUAGUUUUUUUUGGUUACAACAAUUGAUUUUUAAAAAUCAAUCUACCGAGAAUUGAAUUUAAAUAAAAAAUAUUCUCUAUACUCGGCGCUAAUUUUAAACUACGUCGUUAAUUCUAGUCUGAAUACUCAGCUUUGAAUUCAUCAAAGUAAGCAAGGCACACCUUGACUGACUGAUUGACUGACUGACUGACUGACUUGUCUCUCUUGUGAUAGCAAGUGAAAGCGGAGAAGCGCACGCGUCUCCGUUAAUUUAAUUAAGUAUUUAUUGUAUAAAGGAUUUUUAAGAUAGCCGACACAAUGUCUGUGGACAAAGAAGAAUUGGUGCAGCGUGCAAAGCUCGCAGAGCAGGCUGAAAGGUAUGAUGACAUGGCAGCCGCAAUGAAGGCAGUAACUGAGACGGGGGUUGAAUUAUCAAAUGAGGAAAGAAACCUUCUGUCCGUUGCUUACAAGAAUGUCGUCGGUGCGAGACGUAGUUCGUGGAGAGUAAUAUCUUCGAUCGAGCAGAAGACCGAGGGCUCCGAGCGUAAACAGCAGAUGGCCAAGGAAUACCGGGAAAAAGUUGAAAAAGAAUUGCGUGAAAUUUGCUACGACGUAUUGGGUCUUUUAGAUAAAUACCUGAUCCCCAAGGCUAGCAAUGCCGAAAGUAAAGUAUUUUACCUCAAGAUGAAGGGCGACUACUACAGGUAUCUUGCGGAAGUAGCAACUGGUGAAACCAGAAACGCCGUCGUAAAUGACAGCCAGAAGGCAUACCAAGAUGCCUUUGAGAUCAGCAAGGAGAAGAUGCAACCUACCCACCCAAUCAGGCUAGGUCUUGCGCUCAACUUCUCAGUCUUCUAUUACGAGAUCCUGAAUUCGCCAGACAAGGCGUGUCAACUGGCCAAACAGGCGUUCGACGACGCAAUUGCGGAAUUGGACACACUGAACGAGGACAGUUACAAAGAUUCCACACUGAUCAUGCAAUUGUUGCGCGAUAACCUCACGCUCUGGACAAGCGACACACAGGGUGAUGGUGAUGAACCACAGGAGGCUGGCGACAACUAACCCUCCUAAGAUUAAGUCCUACCUUUCUUAACCUAAUAAAUAAAAACAUCCUAUUCUCUAUCGUUAUCCCCGCCCUUAUUCCCAUUCCUUCAAGAGCUCAUGAAUCAUUAGUCCUAAUCAUUUAUUAUCAAUCGUUCCAUUUCACCAAAUCCUAAUCAUUUUUCGCGCAAUUCCUGUUCUCUAGACAACACUACUACUGUGACAAUUAUUACCACCAUCGUCAUCAUCAUCAUCAUAAUCAUCAUCAUCAUCAUCUAUUUACCGAUGCUGCGACUUCGUUCAACUGUUCCUUCUUCAAUUUUAUUUCCCCACAACAUCUCUGGCGGACGGACCUAUAUUUCUCCCAAAGUUUAUUAUUUAAAUUAAAUUUGUACACAUUAAAUAACAAAAUUAACACCACACAUUUAAUGUCUUUGUUGCAUUAUGUAUUGUGUCCUUGAAUGCGUGCGACGAGACUAAAAAAACUAGGGAGAAAUUAUUGAUCUAUAUUACUCUCUCUUCUCUCGCUUACUCUUUUGUGUACCUAAAGAAGAACAAUCCAGACAGCUACGAAAGGGUACAGCUACAAAAUUAUUAUUAUUGUCAUCAUCAUCAUCAUAUAAGCAUCAUCAAUUUUAAAGUCACGUUGUCGUGAAUUAGAAAAAGUAUUACCAUUUCUCCAUCUUGAAGAAUUUGUUUCUUUCAAAAAUAGUAGCGGCGAAAAUUAGUGACGGCUAUCUACAAGAAUUGUAUCAACAAGACCAAAAACGUAAUGAUUAUGAGGAUUACUCGUGUCGAAGAAUCAGUCGUAAAUCAGUAACAUCAAGUAUCAAGUAUGAACACCAUUUACAUGUAAAAGUUAAACUAAAGAAAUGUAAAAAUUGAUUUGGUUUCUUAAAUAAGUAGCAGUUUAAAUGCUAACAAGUUUUAUUGUUGAAUUUAAAUAAAAAAUGAAUAAAAGAAAGGCGAAUAAGGAAGAUAAUUCGAGAGAAGAGAAUAAGUAAAAUUUCCAAUGGCAAUAUAAUUAAAGGAGGACAAUUGAACAAUUGUAUAUUGUCGCUAAAUUCGAUCUACUAUUUACUUGAUCCGUCGGUUUACAUUUAACAAUCAAGUGUGUGUAUGUGUAAUAGAGAACUGAAGAAACCGAAGAUUGAUAAAACGAAAAUCAACAUUUAAAACAACAGGAAAAAUAAAAAAUAACAAGUUGAAUGAAAAAGUAAGAUACACGCAUCAAUUUACUAUAUUAUAGCCAGUCGUCAUUAAAUUAAAUUUCACAUUGUCUAGCGAGUACAAUAUUAUUAUUAUUAUAAUUAUUAUUAUUAAUAUUAUUAUUAUAUGAAGGAAAGAGCGCAUGAGAAGAAAGGAGAGUAAAUGAAAGAAAAAAAACUACAUUAAUUUAAUUAAGUUCUAAUGCAACAUCAGUGGUAACUUGAAUUUUUUUUUGCAUUUGACUCACAUAAAAAAAAGCUGACGUUUAUAUCGUUGAAAAAAGCACGUCUUUUUCUCUCGUAUUCGCUUUCCUUCCUUUUUUUUUUUUUAUUUUUUAAUUUUUCUCCAUCACCAUCAACGUCCGCCUCUUUAAUAGACACUAAAAAAUUAAACUAAAAUGAUAAUUAAAAACAAAAUAAAUAAACAAAAGCACAUUGACAAACAAAA